AGGCAGCUGUCUAUCGUUGUCUCUGAUUGAAAUCCAUAUUUAGGUAGCCUGUUUUCCAUGUGUGGGUUGUUCAUUUUUGAGUAGUGUUUGUUGCCUGCGCUGCGUUACAGUUGUUGUUUUGCUAUUUCUAGUGUGUAGUGUAUAGCAUUCAGUUUCAUGGUAAAUAAAGACGUGGAACUACGAACACGCUGCGUUUUGGUACGAUCCUUCAGACAGCUGUGACAACAGACAUUCCACGGAAAGUAAGCGUUUUAGAUGUGGCAAUGAAUAACAUUGAUAAAAUCGGAAAGUUGGAUUUUAAAGGCCUUUCAACCCUACAAAUUCUGAACAUGUCAAGAAACCAGAUCUCUCAAGUGGACAAUGGAUCUCUUGGACACCUAGAGGCUCUUCAGGAACUGGGUUUGGCUCAUAACAGACUCACAACUCUGCCAAACAAUUUAUUUCAGGGCCUGGUCAACCUCCCCCUGCUACAUCUGGACAACAACCUCAUCUCAACCAUCGGGUCCUCAUCCUUUCAGCCUCUCUCCAGUUUGAAGACAUUGAAUUUAACCAAGAACAACCUUUAUAAUAUGAAGGAAGUUCAGCCCAUCAUACAAUUACCACACUUACAGGAGAUGUACAUUGGGAGCAACAGAUUCACCUCUUUCCAGUCACAGGAAAUAUCAAACACUUCUAUAGAGCUGAGGCUGUUGGAUUUAUCCAGGAAUCCAUUGGGAAUCUUCAGGAUCACGGCAGAUGUUCUUCCUUACCUUGAGGUGAUAGACAUCGCCUACUGUGGCCAACUUGGACACAUGGAAUGGGAUGUCCUGGACAGGUCUUUUCUGAGAAACAUCAAUCGUUUUACUUGAGUGGCAUUGAGAUGUCUUUCGAGAGGAUGGGUAUGGUGCUGCAGACUGUCAACUCCUCAUUAGUCCAUCUGAGAUUGCAUGACCUCGUCAAAGGCUCAAUGCUCAAGGUCAAGACUCUCACUGAUAUUGCCUGCCAUAUACCUACACUCAGCGUGCUCCGACUAGAAUAUAACAACAUAGGUAAUCUCUCUGAGGAAUUUCUGCAGUCAUGUAAACAUACAACAGAAGUGGACAUAUCAGAUACUGGUCUUACUCAGCUGUCUGACUUUUCAUUCAGAUCAAUAGAGCAAUUAAGUACUUUGAAACUGGGCCACAAUAGGCUUUCUUCCGUGCCAAAGACCACAAGAAGUCUACCUACACUGAAGAUCCUGGAUCUCACCUUCAAUAUCAUCAAUAAACUAGGCUGCUCAGAUUUAUCCAAUCUUACAGGACUCACACAACUCUUUCUUUUCCACAAUCAAAUCCCCAACCUUCCGGGAUGUGUUUUCCAGGAUUUGAAAGAAUUAAGGUUCUUUAAACUGGGAUCAAACAAAAUCCUGACCUUGAAUAAUGCCUUCAUGAAUGGUUUGCACAAACUUGAGACUUUGAAUUUGGCAG